CGGACGUUAUCACUGGUCGCACAAUACAUGCAAACCUGGAUUUGGCUAUAAAUUGACUGAAAGUUUGCAAGUUUUUCGUCAAACGCUGUCAUUAUCUCCGACACUAAACCACACAAACAGAUCCGAAACUCUUCAGCGAUGUCUCUCAAGUCAGUGAUCGUCACCGGAGCUAAUCGUGGCAUUGGUCUGGAGUUUGUGCGACAACUGUUGGCCGCGACGCCACCGCCGAAGCACUUGAUCGCCACCUCAAGACAGGCCUCCAAUCCAGAGUUGGAUCAGUUGAGAGCCAAGAACUCAGCCCUUCAUGUCUUGACACUGGAGGUGAAGAACUACGAGUCGUUCGCGGAGUUCGCCAAACAAGUGGAACAGAUUGUGGGCACCGAUGGCGUCGACACUCUUAUCAAUAACGCCGGUAUUCUCAUCAACAAAGACCUCCAGAGUGUGACCGCCGAUGACAUGAUCCAGAACUUCGAAGUGAACACAGUAUCACCCCUUAUACUCACCAAAGCGUUGCUCCCGUUGCUGAAGGUCUCGGCAGCCAAUCGUAAGACAGCUGUGGUUAACGUCACCUCAAAGAUCGGGUCCAUUGACGACAACACCUCCGGAGGUAUCUAUCCGUACCGGACCAGCAAAACGGCGCUGAAUAUGGUGUCGAAGUGUCUGGCAGUGGAUCUGAAGCCCGCGGCCAUCAAAGUGAUUGCUGUCCAUCCGGGUUGGGUUCAGACAGAUAUGGGCGGACCUAACGCUCUGAUCAACACUCAGACCAGUGUUUCCAAUAUGAUUGACACCAUUAAGAGUAUCAACGACUCAACGCUCGGAGACUUUCUUAAUUACGACGGAAAGCCUAUCCCUAAUUAGGUGCCUACCGGUGCCCCACAAACACUACUAUUCUUGUAAUUAUGUGUCCGAUCAAUAAAGUCUUAAAAUAAUCCUCAAGUUAUAUAUGUAUUCAUUAAAUGGUAACAGAUUUUAGU